CGGUUUUCUGCCCCCUCCCCCCCCCCCGGCUCUUCCCCACAGAGUAAUGGCGGCAGUGUCCUGCCGCGCAUGGGCAGGACGGCGCCCGUAGGCCUAGUCCCCUCCCCGGGCCGGUGGCGAUCGGCGCGUCGGCUCGGAGAUGCCGCAGGAGCUGGCGGCGGAACGGAGGGGAGGGCUCCUGCGCUCUCUGAACACGCGGGAGCCCUCUCACGUGAUCUUUUGUAAUCGGAGCCCCCGGGUGGUCAUCCCCAUCUGGCUGGACUUCGAGGGCCAGCCCCAGCCCUACCCGGUCCUGCAGCCGGGCACCGGCCGGAGGAUGUACAGCUACCUAGAACAUCUUUGGCUGUUUAGAGAUGCAGAAACAGAUGAUGGACUUCUUGUCAAUCAGACAGAGCUAUUUGUGCCUACUCGCAAUGUGAAUGGCCAGCCCAUAUUUGCAAAUAUCACGCUUCCAGUGUUCAGUCUGAAAGAGAGGUGUCUUCAGGUUAUUCGCCGUCUGGUAAAACCAGUGGACUACAGGAGAUUGGAUAUUGUUCAGUCAUUAUAUGAAGAUCUGGAAGAUCAUCCCGACAUUAGGAAGGAUAUUCAACGGUUGUCUCUGGAAAGAAGUUAAAUGAUAAGGAAUGGUGUCCCCGAUUUAAAAUGAACAUCAUUCAUUUCAGACUCUUAAGUGGGGAAGAAAACUCCACUGGGAAACUACUGUGGGUAAGUGGUGUUAACCACACUGAAACGCAUUUCAAGAGCUGAAUAGGUGUCAGGAUUUCAUGCUCUGAAAGGUGCCUGCUCUCAUUUGGUUUCUAUAUAUAAAAUUUAUUAAGAUGGCAAGAGCCAGAUUCAAGAGAUCAAAUAGUAUGUAACAUAUACCAAGUUUAUGAUGUUUUAGUUUAAACAUAGUAGACUCAAUUCUGCAUGCAAUUAAACCUAUGCAAUGCUGUUGACAUCAGUGGCUUUGUACGGGUGGAACUAAGGACAGAAUCUUGCUCUUUGACUGUUUCAGAACAAAUGUAACAAAAGACACUUCUGAUAUAGUGAUAUAACAUUGGCUUGCCCAUGAUCAUUCUCUUUUGGAGGUUAUAAAUACAGACAAUUUUCUUAUCAUUAGAAAGGAUGCUACAUCAAGGAUGAAUUUGAACUAGCUGCUUGAAUAGUCAGGAGCCAAACACAGAACUUGUAGAAGCGUGUAUAACUUCAUUGAUUUCAGGGGAUUUUUACUUCCUUACACAAGGACUAAAUUUGCUCCCUGGUUCAAAUCCCAGUAUUGCACCUAUAUGGGUGUGGAAUAGUUUUGGAUAGGAUAGCCUGCCCCAUCUUGCUCUUAGAGAACCUGAUCUAAAGCCCACUAAAGUCAUUGGAAAGUCUGUGUGUAUGGACAUAAGGAAUUUUCUGCCCCUUCUCCCUGCAUUUGUGUACCUGCAUCAGGGUUAUCAGAAUCUAGCACGUAGGGUUUAACAAUAUUUCUAGGUUAAAACACUUUUUAAAAGGUCACUGUCUAGAUGUUUUUCCCUCUCUUGUUGCUGGAUCUUUUUUAUUAACUCAUGUGUAGUACCUCUAUGCAUCACUUUGAGUUGAAGUGUCCUGGUGUGUGGAGAGAUUGCUUCUGAUGACGAGUUGGCAAGCUUGGAGGGUUGAUUGAAGGCCAGAAGAGGACACAGACCAGGAUAUGCCAACUCAAAGCAGCACCAGACCCUGCCACAACAAUAGAUGCAAAACCUGCAGACCUAUCACCAAUGCUACAAUAAUCAAUAUCUCCCUGCAACACACCUUUUAAGAUCCAAGGGUCAUAGACAUGCUUAUCAUAACAUGUGGUGUACCUCAUCCAGAGCAUCAAGUGCCCCAGCAAUAACUAGGUGGGUGAAACAAGACAAUCACUGUGCUCUGAAUUAACUCUUACAGAGAAAAUCAUAAAAGACAAAACACCAUAUCACCCAGGGACGAACACUUUUUCACAAAGCGAUCACUCCAUAUCUGACCUCUCAAUCCUCAUCCUCAAAGGAAACCUGCACAAUGCCUUCAAAAGAUGAACCUUAGAACUUAAAUUCAUAAUUCCAUUGGACACUAAAAAUACUGGACUUAACAGAGACUGUUUUUUUGGCAAUUACAACAAUUGGUAACACAACUUACUGCUUGCUAAUUGCCCACUUCAUUUUAAGUAGUCUGCUAUAGUAUGUAUGAACCCCUUACGCUUAACAAUCUGUCCCACCUUGUAUUUAGCUCAGGUCCUCUGGUUACCUCCUUGAGACCCGAGGAAAAACUCUGUGCAGCUCAAAAGCUUGUCACUUCCACCAACAGAAUUUGAUCCAAUAAAAAUUAUUACCUCACCUACUUUGUCACUCUCAUAACCUGGGACCAAUAUGGCUACAACAACCAUGCAAACAACAUAUAUGCAGGAAUCCAUCAAAGGUGUAAGUGCUAUGUGAGGUGAGAAGUAGAUCGUUGCAUAAUAUUUUGCCAUUGUUUAAUCUUGAACAUUUAUUUCCAAUGAAACAAAAUAUAUACAUUCUAGGAAAACUGCUGUGAAACUAAAUGAGUAAGAACAUCAAGCCAUACUGUAAAUAUUUACGUGUUUUUCCAUUUUUGUAAAUAGUAGCUUUUUUCUUAAAACAUUGUGAAUGAACUGAGUUUUGUUCUCUGCCAGAAAACGUAAAUACAUAUUAACUUGAUAUUGGGUUUUAUUUUUUACAUGGUUUUCUUGUGUAUAUUUAUCCAAUACCUUUUUAAGCCAUCUAUUCUUGCAUACUAGAAGAACAUCUGGAGGUAUUUUUAAUCAACCGCAAAUGUACACUUUGCAAAACUACUGAAACAAAGUCACCAGUUUACAAAAUGUAACUAACCCCUUCCAUAAGCUGUGUCUAUGCUAAUCCUUCCCCCCUAAAAUUUCCCUCUGUUGCUAUUAAUGAUGAAACUCCAAUGUUGGGAGCUCUAGUGUAGACAAGGUGCCAGCAGUUUGAACCAUUUAAAACCAACCUCUAAUGUAGGUGUGGUAAAAAUGCCAGUGCCUUGUCUACACUAGGACUCCGCUCUUGCUACCUCUGAUUGCUGCUUCACUAGUAGUAGAAACAAUGAGAAAUACUAAAAAAAAGUCUGAUGUGGACAAGACUAUGUAGAUUGGAUUCAGAUUCAGACACUUAAUAAUUUGUCCAGGCCCUAAAACUUCCUUUUUUUGGUUUAAAAUAGGGCAAAUUACAUACUUUUAAGGCUCAAUUCUAUAAACAUGGGGACAGACUCUUUAUUAGUGUUCUUCUUUAUUUGUCCAAUAAGUGUAUUUAGUGUUACGAUCCACUUACAAAAACAGCUUGUUUUGAACUGACUGUUUUUCUAAUAACUACUAGAUCUUACGUGAACAUGUUUUUUUGGGUUACUCCUAAACAUUCUGUAUAAUAUGGUUGUAAGUUAUGUAGCUUUUUAUGUACUCUUGUAACUAUCAGGAUUAUUAAAGUUUGUGUAAAAAUUA